AAAAUUUUAAAAAAGAGUGGAUCAAAUUGGAAUUGGAAAUAAUUAUUUACUUUAGCCGUUUGCAAAGAGUAAAUUAAUUGGCCGUUCGUGUAAUCUGGUGUGAUCUAAUUAUUGAUUUGUAAAUUUGUGAUCAGUGAUCAGUGAUCUAUAAUAAAACAAUUAUUAAAACAAAAUAAUGAUUCGUCGUAUUUAGUGUUAUCGUAAUCAUAUCCUACUUAUUUUUUUUCAUCAUAGGUUUAAGGAUUUGAACUUUUGGAGUACCUACAUAUUAAUAAUCUCGCAUCAGUAAUUUUAAAAAAGUUUGCUAAAAUGGUUAUCAUCGCCAUUGGACAUUUUAAUGCUCCGAUAAAAUUAAGGCAAUUGGUCCAACAAUUGGCACCAACAAUUCAAGAACAGUUUCAGGCGUUGAAUUUUAAGAAUGCUAGAAGAGGCAAAUUAGUGUAUCUGAAGCUGAUUGGUAAAAACCCUAAAGUCGAUGAAGUAUUGAAAAGACUGAACAAAAAAGUGUUUAGAAAAAUAAAGCUACAUGCUUUUAUUCCUGAUGAGUUGCCUCCGAUUACUGUAGCUGCCAAACCAAUCGGAAUUCCGACAAAAUUAAGACGUAUUUGUAAUAUUGCACCAAACUUUUCAGAUAAUAAGUUCCGCCAAGUCUCAAUGGAUUGCUUAUUAGCAGAGUUGCAGACAAAGUUCACUGGGCUAUGUGCAUUGAGCGACUCCACUGGACACAAACUGCUGGAUAAUAUGGCACAGACUAUAUACGAUCGCAUCUGUGAGAUACACGAAGCCUCACCCGUGAACAGCUGCUUCAAGUUGACCAGCUUCUACCGCAGGAGGUAUCCGCACUACACGGACUUCCAGUUCAUCCAGUCGACCCUGCACGACAUACAGGACGCGCAGGGCACGCCGCGACUGGACAUCGACGAGAAUGAGUUGUGUGCAGUGAAUACUGAAGAGUUACUGAAUUUGACAUAUGAAAAUACGCAUCAGGCGUGCAAUUUACACAUCAACUGGGUAUCUAACUUGUUAAACCUAUAUGUGAGGAGCUUGAAGGUGACCGACGGAGCAUCCAGUCCCGAAAUAGCCGCCAAAAUGACGGUCAGAAAAAAUUUGAAGAAAAUGGCGCCGCACAUAUCCAGCGUGUACGGCGAGCCGUAUCUGCCCAACAAGACGGCCAUGCUGCCGUUCCUCCAGCAGUUCGGUACCGUGUCCUCCACCCGCUCCGAGCACAUGUACAACCACGUCACGCUCAAGGUGUCGUGGAUGUCGUACUUGCAGCUGCUGAAGUCCGACGGGCAGAACAUAGAUAACGCCAAACUGGUGAUAAGGCCGGACAAUAUGCCGAUGUACCAGAUAAAGCGAGUCAUGAAACACAGCUCGUUGAGACAGAGCGGUGUCGAGGAGGUCGAUGACGAGGAGGUCGCUGAUGAUGCAGAGCAUUCCGAUGAGGAGACAGAGGACACGGAGUGGUCAGAAGACUGGUAGACUAGAUCAGAUGAUAAUAAAAUGGCUAUAAAAUUGG